CUCCCAGCCCAGGCCCGCGGCCGCCCGGGUUGUCCUCGCGCCGCCGCUCGUCCGCGCGCAGCCCGGCCGUUUGCCGCCCCGCCGCCUUGCAGCCUGCGUCCAUGGCCACCGCCGCGACAGAGGAGCCCUUCCCCUUCCACGGCCUCCUCCCGAAGAAGGAGACCGGGGCCGCGGCCUUCCUGUGCCGCUACCCGGAGUAUGACGGGCGAGGGGUGCUUAUCGCCGUCCUGGACACGGGGGUCGACCCCGGGGCCCCGGGCAUGCAGGUUACAACUGACGGGAAACCGAAAAUCAUCGAUAUCAUUGACACAACGGGAAGCGGCGACGUGAACACGGCCACAGUGGUGGAGCCGAAGGAUGGUGAAAUUGUUGGUCUUUCAGGAAGGGUGCUCAAGAUUCCUGUGACCUGGACAAAUCCCUCAGGCAGAUACCACAUUGGCAUAAAAAAUGGCUACGAUUUCUAUCCAAAGGCUCUCAAGGAAAGAAUUCAGAAAGAACGGAAGGAAAAAAUCUGGGACCCUGUCCACAGAGUAGCCCUCGCGGAGGCCUGCCGGAAGCAGGAAGAAUUCGACGUUGCCAACAACUGUCCUUCCCAAGCAAAUAAAUUAAUCAAGGAGGAGCUUCAGAGUCAAGUGGAAUUGCUAAACUCUUUUGAGAAAAAAUACAGUGAUCCUGGCCCUGUGUAUGACUGCUUGGUGUGGUUUGAUGGUGAGACUUGGAGAGCCUGCAUUGAUUCAAAUGAAGACGGGGAUCUUAGUAAGUCGACUGUUCUGAGAAACUACAAAGAGGCCCAAGAGUACGGCUCUUUCGGCACCGCUGAGAUGCUGAAUUACUCCGUCAACAUAUACGACGACGGAAACCUGCUCUCCAUAGUGACCAGUGGAGGAGCCCACGGAACACACGUAGCUAGUAUCGCUGCUGGGCAUUUUCCCGAAGAGCCUGAACGGAAUGGCGUUGCUCCUGGUGCUCAGAUCCUUUCCAUCAAGAUUGGAGACACAAGACUGAGCACGAUGGAGACAGGCACAGGCCUCAUCAGAGCUAUGAUAGAAGUUAUAAAUCAUAAAUGUGAUCUUGUCAACUACAGCUACGGGGAAGCGACUCACUGGCCGAAUUCCGGGAGAAUCUGUGAAGUAAUCAGUGAAGCCGUGUGGAAGCACAAUAUAAUUUAUGUCUCAAGUGCUGGGAAUAACGGCCCCUGCCUGUCUACAGUCGGGUGUCCAGGAGGAACCACGUCCAGUGUGAUAGGUGUGGGCGCCUACGUUUCUCCUGAUAUGAUGGUCGCCGAGUACUCUCUGAGGGAGAAGUUACCUGCAAAUCAGUACACGUGGUCUUCUCGAGGCCCCAGCGCUGACGGGGCCCUCGGAGUGAGCGUCAGCGCCCCGGGCGGUGCCAUCGCCUCUGUCCCCAACUGGACGCUGCGGGGCACCCAGCUCAUGAACGGGACAUCCAUGUCGUCUCCCAACGCCUGCGGGGGCAUCGCGCUGGUUCUGUCAGGUCUGAAAGCUAAUGAUGUUAACUAUACAGUUCAUUCGGUCAGAAGAGCUCUUGAAAACACUGCAGUGAAGGCUGACAACAUAGAAGUAUUUGCCCAAGGACAUGGUAUUAUUCAGGUCGAUAAAGCCUAUGACUACCUCGUUCAGAACACAUCGUUUGCUAAUAAAUUAGGUUUCACUGUUACUGUGGGAACUAACCGUGGCAUCUACCUCCGAGAUCCUGUUCAGGUGGCCGCACCUUCGGAUCAUGGCGUUGGCAUUGAACCUGUAUUUCCAGAGAAUACUGAAAACUCUGAGAAAAUAUCCCUCCAGCUUCAUUUAGCCUUAACUUCGAAUUCAUCGUGGGUUCAGUGUCCCAGCCAUUUGGAACUCAUGAAUCAGUGCAGACACAUAAACAUCCGUGUGGACCCCAGGGGCUUAAGGGAAGGACUGCAUUAUACAGAGGUAUGUGGCUACGACAUAGCAUCACCCAACGCAGGUCCUCUGUUCAGAGUCCCCAUCACUGCGGUCAUCGCAGCAAAAGUAAAUGAAUCAACACAUUAUGACCUAGCCUUGACAGAUGUACAUUUUAAACCUGGUCAGAUUCGAAGACAUUUUAUUGAGGUUCCUGAGGGUGCAACAUGGGCUGAGGUCACCGUGUGCUCCUGCUCUUCCGAGGUGUCUGCCAAGUUUGUCCUCCACGCAGUGCAGCUUGUGAAGCAGAGAGCGUACAGAAGUCACGAAUUCUACAAAUUUUGUUCCCUUCCAGAGAAAGGAACACUCACUGAAGCUUUUCCGGUCUUAGGUGGGAAAGCUAUCGAGUUCUGCAUCGCUCGCUGGUGGGCGAGCCUUAGCGACGUCAACAUCGACUACACUGUCUCUUUCCAUGGGAUCGUAUGCACUGCGCCUCAGUUAAACAUUCAUGCAUCGGAAGGAAUUAACCGUUUUGAUGUCCAGUCCUCCCUGAAGUAUGAAGACCUGGCCCCCUGCAUAACUCUGAAGAGCUGGGUCCAAACCCUGCGCCCGAUGAGUGCAAAAACAAAGCCUUUAGGAUCAAGAGACGUUUUGCCAAAUAAUCGACAACUUUAUGAGAUGAUCCUGACUUACAGCUUUCAUCAACCCAAAAGCGGGGAAGUGACCCCCAGUUGCCCGCUGCUCUGUGAGUUAUUGUAUGAGUCAGAAUUCGACAGUCAGCUCUGGAUUAUAUUUGACCAGAACAAGAGACAGAUGGGCUCCGGUGACGCGUAUCCUCACCAGUACUCCCUGAAACUGGAGAAAGGAGAUUAUACAAUUCGACUGCAGAUCCGUCACGAGCAAAUCAGUGAUCUGGAACGUCUGAAAGAUCUUCCAUUCAUUGUUUCUCAUAGGUUGUCUAAUACCUUGAGCUUAGAUAUUCAUGAGAAUCACAGCCUUGCACUUCUAGGAAAGAAGAAAUCAAGUAACUUGACGUUACCGCCCAAAUACAACCAGCCCUUCUUUGUCACUUCCUUGCCCGAUGACAAAAUACCUAAAGGGGCCGGACCUGGGUGCUACCUCGCGGGAUCCUUAACCUUGUCAAAGACUGAACUUGGAAAGAAAGCUGGGCAGUCUGCAGCAAAACGACAAGGAAAAUUUAAAAAGGAUGUAAUCCCUGUUCAUUACUACCUGAUAUCUCCACCAACAAAGACUAAGAACGGCAGCAAGGACAAGGAAAAAGAUUCGGAAAAAGAGAAGGAUUUAAAAGAAGAGUUUACCGAAGCAUUACGAGAUCUUAAAAUUCAGUGGAUGACAAAGCUGGAUUCUAGUGACAUUUAUAAUGAAUUGAAGGAAACAUACCCUAAUUACCUUCCUUUGUAUGUUGCACGACUUCAUCAGUUGGAUGCCGAAAAGGAACGAAUGAAAAGACUGAAUGAAAUUGUUGAAGCUGCAAAUGCUGUAAUUUCUCAUAUAGAUCAAACAGCCCUAGCAGUUUAUAUUGCCAUGAAGACUGACCCCAGGCCCGAUGCAGCUAUUAUAAAAAAGUACCUAACCAUGUCCUUCCACGUGAGAGUGUGCUUUCCACGUGCUGCCGUGACGGUCCCUGCUUCGUGAGCUCCUGCCGCCACUCCUGGUGCCUCGUCCAAGAUCACUUCUUCCUCUGUCACCUGGGUUCAUUUCCAGGCCCGGGGUCCUUAACUCCCACCUUCUCUUAGAGUUGCUAUAACUAAUAAACGGAAACUGUGCAGACUGCCUGAAAGAACGGUCAUUUCCUUUAAAGAUUCUGCCUGCUAUAGUCAGGAUUUGUUUUUAAUACAAAAUGCUUGAUGGUAAACUGCUAGAACUCUUGGCAUUACAUCAUGCAUACUGCUGAUAUAGGUCUUAUGAAUCUUAGAAGCAGCAGUUUUCAAGCAGAAUAAAAUGUUUGCAAAAUAGGUGGUUGGCCAUUGUCAGCAUCCUUCCACACUUUCCAAAGGAGCCUUCUUGAAACAUUGCUAUGUUAUCGUUAAUAAUUAUAGUAGAAUUGACUAUAUCCCAAUAUAGAAUGUUUUUGAUGUUAAAAAAAAUUAUAAUAGUGUACAGUGUAGCCACCGGUUAUGUACAAGGGAUUCCUAGGAGCAUUAAUUUCUCAUUUCCAUGCAAAACUGCUUUUUCACUUAAGUCACUUGUGUCAACAGUUGUAAGACAGCCAUUUUGUAAUCUUAAAAAUUCUAAUUUUUUUAGGUGAUCUAAUACCAAGUUUUAAUUACAUUUAAACUGCAGUUUACUCUGGCCACUAAAGUGUCUAAUUGAAGUUGCUUCCUCAAAUGUAUCUAUUACCACCUUGAUCAGUCCCUAACUAAAUUUGAUUCAGAGAUGUUUUUUGAGCAAACACUGCUUGGGACACCCUUGAGAGGAAUGUGGAAAAAAAAGAAUGAACCAGACAGUGUCUACUCUUAGAAAAUGUACUGUCUAAUACUGAAGAUGAAAUGGUGAGAUAGAAUGUGACUUGAGAGUUGGAAGAAGUAUGUUAAAUUGUGAAGGCUUAUGGGAAGGAGAGCAGACUUAUUUUUUUUGAGAAGGGCAAAACCUCAUGGAAUGAUAGGUAUUUAAUUUGAGCAGGUCAGUUCUCAGAAGAGGGGAGGAAAAGAAUAUUCCAGAUAUAUGGAAUCUGGGCUGUUGGAUCAGAGAAUGUGGAAAUAGCAGGGCGUCUUACAGGUGAUCUAGUCCAGGCCCAGCUUGUCCAGCACACCCACCCCGCAGCCUGGCCUCCACCCUCUGCGUCCUUCAGCCCUUCUCGGGGCAGUGGACACAGUCGGUUAGGAUGCCACGGACAGCCGGAUGUCCAGACCGCGCUGUGUCUGCCCUUCCUGUUCCACGGCCCCCCUUCUUCACAGAGUGGGCGCAGUGCCUAUGCCUGACUCCUGGGGUUACCGUGAGCAGAAGUGAAGUACUCCUGAGACGUUUCAGAUGCUGCCCGGCAUCUACAAGGUGGGGGGUGAGGGGACCCCAUUAAAUAAAAAACUGCAUAGUUGCCCCAACCCCAUCCGUCCUUCUAUUCUCAAGUCCAAAGUGACCAAGCGCAUCAGGUCUCCAGAAACGUUCUCCAUGAAGAGAGUAAGAGUGGGCUCUUUUAAAACGUUACAACUCUUUGCUGAUAAACUCUUAGGCAUCUUUUAGACCUAAUUUCAUCUGCCUUGCAAAUAUAUGAAGGGGUGGGUAACUUAGGUUGUAGCAGGUUACUGCGUUGUUUGUGGGUUUUUUCCCUUCUCAUUUUAGUUGUCUUUUGAACUGGUUACUGUUAAUAGUCCCUAUGGAUUUCAUAUGGGGCACGUUUCACUCUGCAUCCUUCAGAAUCCUCCUUCCGGUUAGACAGCUUGUCCAUCCCGUCUCUGAGUGCCUCCUGGUCAUCACCUCAGCACUUUAAUCCUUGUUUGUGCACAAGUUGGACAGGGUGCCUCCAAUAAGCAAGCUUUCUGAAGUGCACACUGUUCCCCAGAAUGUAGGCUGUUACUGCAUUUCAUUCAGCAACAGUUUAUUGAGUGUUACGUGCAGGCAUUAUUCUGGGCACUUGGAAUACACCCAAAAACAGAGACACCUGCCUGGAAAGCAGGGGGCCUUGGGAAUAAGAGCAGCAGUUGCAGGACCAGCCGUGGAGCUGAGUCCCGGCCCUGCCCCUUCCUGACUGGGGCCUUGAACAGAUUGCCUGGUCUCUUUGUGCCUCAGUUUCCUCCUGUGGAAAAUGGGCGAUUGGUGGUCACUUACUCACAGAAUUAUUUUAAGUAUAGAUGAGUUAAUACAUUAAAAUACUAAAAAACACUUGCUGGCACAUGCAGAAUAAGCGUUCCAUUUCUGUGCAUGUACGGAAGUUCACGACUACAGAAAUAUGUAACAAGUGAUAUUUACGAGACACCUAAACACUUAGAAGAUGCUGUUCUAAGACUUCUGUAGCCGACAGAAUUGAGAACCCAGCACUCUUUCCCCUCUCACGCGUAUGGCAUGCUGUUUCAACCAAGUACAGCAACCCUAACUCAUGUAAUCCGUGCGUGUGAAUACAUGGCUCCUGUGUCAUACCAGCAAACGUCUGUCCAGGGCUGUACGAUAUUCCUGCAUUGUAAACUCAGGCGAAGGGUGCAUGAGUUUAAUCUCAGAUAAGGCUUCGCUCUUAACGCCGUGUUACUGACCUGUGGACUGUUCUGG